AUGUCUGGUUCAAAAGAGUCAUUGGAGAAGAACCCCCUGCGGUUCUGGCUCGAGGGGGGAAAGGUCACAAAGCUCUGCCCACAGGAGGCUGAGCAGGUGUGGACCCUCAACAUCAAGAGGUCCAUUCUGAGCAUGUUCCAGACCUCGCACUCGGGACGAGCCAGGGAGACAAUCAGAGAGACUGAUGUGUAUGGGACAUGUAUGAGCUCUUAUGAGCAGAGGGGACCAUCGCUGGUGAAGAGCAGAAACCUCCAGCAGUGCCUCAGUGACAGAAUCGAUCAGUUUUGGAAGCACUCUGUUCCCCUGAAGGAUGGCAUGACUGUGAGUGCCGGGCUCACAUGCAUCCAGCUCAAUGAUGGAACAAUGCUGAAGAAGGUCAACUGUACAGAAACAGUGUCACUGGUUCCCCUGCCAGGCCUCUUAGAAGUAACAGAAACUAAAACCAUUUUAAGCCUAACUCUCCUGAGAACCCUUGAAGUGAUUCCAUCAGAUUUGGUGCAGAACACUGGUUACUUGACCAGUAUUGUGUUUGAGGCUGAAGGCCAGAUCUCAGGCAGGCAUGGUGGACCAUCAGUUCAAGAGGUUUCCAAUACAAUGAGGAGGUUGUGUGCUCACCUCGCAAAUCAGCAACAGCAAUCAGAGCUUCUCCUGAAUCUGGUGCUCCAGUUGAGAACCUUGUCGGCCCAUCAGUUGAGAGACUUGUGGCAUGAGGCCUCCUUCAAAUGUCGAGACGACUGGCAGCCCCUUCUAGAUACUCUGUCAGCCUGUGGAACUGAGGAUUGCAUCCUUGUCACUACAGACCUCAUAAUCAACAAAGAAGUGGACCAGGAACAAAUCCUACCUCUCCUCAAAACUAUCAGUUUUGCUUCCCAUCCUACUUCAUCCAUGAUUAGCCACCUUAGUGCCUUGCUGCAGAUACCUCUUAUUCGUCCAAAAGCACUGCUGGUUAUGUCUUCACUGGUCCACGGUCUUUGUCAACAGGAACAGGGUCCAUGUAACGAAAUCUCUGAAGUCCAACAGUUGGUCCAUGUUCUGAAUCAGAGUCUUGAUGCAGGAUGUGAAGUGGAUGAUCAUUUGCAGAUCACAGAGCUGCUGCAUGUGUUGAAAGCAGUGGAAAACGCAGGAGCGGCUGCAUCAGAUCUCCUCCCCAAACUGAACCGCUGUGUGCAGAAUCAGUCUGUGCCUCUGGAGCUUCGGCUGGCAGCUGUACGAGCAUUCAGGAGAAUCCCAUGCCAUCAUGACAGGACAACUCUUGCUCGGGCAUUUCAAAGCCAGCAGGAGAAUGUGGAGGUCAGAAUUGCAGCAUAUCAGCAGCUCAUGCACUGUCCAAACCAGGAGAUUUUCACAAUUGUGAAAACAGCUUUAAGCAUUGAGAAGUCUAGUCAAGUUGGGUCAUUUGUUUGGAGUCACCUUUUCAAUAUCCAGAAAACAGAAGAUCCACUGAAAAAAGAGCUGAUGGAGUCACUGCCAGACGAUAUCAUAAGUAAAGACUUUGAAGCGGAACCAUGGAAAUAUUCCUCACAUAUGGACUAUACAGUGGACACAGGAGUGGCUGCUGCUAACAUCGAGGGAGCUGUAGUUUUCUCCCCUGAAUCUUUUGUUCCACGUUAUGCUAUGGCAAAUCUAACAGUUCACGUCCUAGGCAGAGCAUUCAAUCUUCUGGAGAUUAGCCUAAGAAUGGAAAACCUAGAGCCUGUUCUGAAGAAAAUCUUUGAGGCUGAACAGUCCAGACCUAAGGGUCAAACAGACUCUGUGAGGCAUGAACAGAAAGGACCAAUCAGAGACGAGGAUCCAGAAGGCAGUGAUGGCUGUCAGGCCACAGGUUUGACUUCCAUCAAGACUAAGUUCACAGAGCACAGGAAAAGAGAUAGUAGGUUCCGAUGUUGGAUGAAUGUGAAGAUGUUUGGCCACGACCUCACCUUUAUGACCUGUGAUGAUGUCCAUGCGUAUCAGAGAAAGCUGUCACUUAGUACAGCUGGUGUUGUUGUCAAGUUGUUAAAGGGUCAAGAGGUUAAAAUCAGUCACAGGCCUAUCGUUCUGGCAGAGGAACUGGUUUUGCCAUCUCUCUCUGGAUUACCCAUGAGGCUAAGCAUCAACAUGUCCACUCUGUUCUCCGUCCGAAUUAAAGGCAUUGCUAACUUUAAGAAUUGGUCCCAUUUCUCACUGGCGGGCUAUGUCAAACCAAAUGCACUGGUUGCUGUCUCCGUGAGGGCUGGAGUGGAUGGAGCAUUUGGUCGUGUGGGAUUAGAGUGGGUCACUCAACUCAAAACCUCCACCAGUUUGGAUGGAGCUGUAUAUCUGCACCAUGGACAGAGCCUGAAGGUGGUUCUCAAUACUCCAGAAGAUGUCAUGGAUGUACUGACCUUCAGCUCCAGAAUGUACCGUGUGAGUGGGGAAAGUAAAGAGGAGCUCAUAGCUACAAGAAAUCUCAAGGAGACGAACACUUGCACUCCUAAAGCAUGGUCUAAGAUGGUUGGAUGGCAGUUGUGCUCUGAUGUCAUUUAUCCUUUGACACUGAUGGGAAAAGGCUUCCCACCGCUAGACCCCAUUCUUUUUACUCUCAGACUCCAAAAACUAGACAAAGGUCUCAACCAGUACCUCUUGGAGGCAGCCUAUACCUUGGUACCCCAGCGUAAUUCCUGGAUGCCACUGGAAGCCACUCUGCUUCUCUUUCUUGGCACACCACAAUCCACUAUCCCCAGAGAUGUGUCCCUGGAUGUCAAUCUCAGUCCAAAAAGACUGAUUCUGAAAAUAACACAUCCUCUAAAAACCAUUCACAUUCAAGCACAGCUUGAAGAAUUAAACAAUCAACAUUCAGGCAGAAUCGAACUACUGAUAGACAACAUCCACCAUUAUUUUAUCAAGGGACUACUGGAGACAGUGAAUCUUGCUUCAGAGACGAGAGCCCACUUUCAUCUUGAUGCCAAAGUAGUAGCAGAUGGGCAUCCAUUCUCCCUCUCAGUCAACACCACACAUGCUCGCAGCAGGAAGUUCAUAAUACAGGCCUUACUUAAAAAUGUCUUCAAUAAGGACACAUCGCUCUCAGUGCAGCUUGAGAAAAGUCUGGAUGAUAGCCAGAGACUUUAUUCUAUAGAUGCCGGGUUUCUUUUGCCUAGUGCUGUCAGCAUCAGAGCUCUUGGGUUACUGAAGCAAAGGGGCUCAGAGUGGAGCUCUGCUGUCAGGGUCAGGUACGGUGUACAAGGUAAGUGA